AUGCGGAUUGUUGCCUUGUGGCCGUAUGACUUCGAUAGACAUCUUGCUGUGAGGAUCCAGAAACGCUAUCAUAUAUCGUUUAUGUUGAACGUGCUUUACUACCUUUUCUGGCAAUUCAUCUGCCUACACAUCGCCAUAUUCCACAUCAAAACCGUCCUAAACAGUGUGGAUAAUCUGGACAAUCUGUUCCUGGUGAUGGUGAAUGCCAUUAUCUACUGUUUGAUGCCAUUUGUAAAUGCGUACUUUCGGCUUUGCUAUAGUAAGAAUAUCGAGCUUAUUACUCUGCUCAAGUGUAAGUUCAAGCAACGGUCAGCAGCCGGCCUAACGUACGUCAAGUUCGACUCAUCGAGACGUUAUUUCAUACGGCUGUUCAAAGCUUGGAUUAUAACUUGUAUUCUUGGAGCACUGCAUUGGGCAGUUUUACCGAUUCUUCAAUAUGAGAGGAUGCUGCCUCUACAGUGUUGGUAUCCUUUUGAUAUUAAUCGUUCUCCUGCUUACGAGUUGGCAUACCUGGGACAGGUUCUUGGCCAGCUCCAGGUGGGGAUCGUAUACGGAAUUGCAGGAACAUUGCAAAUGAUGUACAUUUUUACAGUUUGUGGACAGUACGACAUACUUUCCUGUAGUUUGAGCAAUAUUUAUUACACUGCGAUGAUCAACGACUCACGUAAGCAGAUUAAGCUGUCCGAAUUACAAGCUUUCCAGAAGGACAUUUUACGAGAACCGAAAAAUUAUUACAUCAAAGAAGUGUUUUUGGAAGAAUUAGCCAAGGCACCAGUCUCGACCAUUAAGAAGCUGGCUCCUAUAUCAGUAAAGCAUCAAUACUUAGAUUUCCUUCAAGAUGAGUUGGCCACAGCGUUUGAUGAGUGCAUAGAUCACCAUGUCUUGUUGAUGAACUUUUGCCGUCUGUUGGAAGAUUGCGCUCAUCCCUUCAUAAUGAUGAAGCUUGCACAGAUGUUGUGUUUACUUUGUUUGACCUCAUAUAUGGCAACCGUUGUAUGUAACUUAUUCGAAUCUUUUUGGACAAAUCUUUAAUAUUUUUGUUUUUCUUCCAAUCAGGAGAGUCUGAGUGCAAUGAAGUUGAUCAAUAUUGUAGAGUACUUCAUGCUAACGAUGGUUGAGCUCUUUUCGUUUUGUUAUUUGGGAGAAACCUUGCAAAAUCAGAGUGUGAAAGUGAGUGAUGCUUUAAUGACGUCCAACUGGUACAACGGCGGUGCUCAGUUUCGUCAAAGAGUAAUAAUUCUUAUAAUGGCUUCACAGAAACCAAAAAAGUUGACCGCCCUUAAGCUAUUUGAUUUGGACUUUGUGACGUAUGUUUCGGUAUUGAAGGCCGCUUUUUCAUAUUACACGUUGCUGAAAAAUUUGCAAAACUGA